AUGCUAGCCUCAGGGCUGCUCCUGGUGGCCUUGCUGGCCUGCCUGACUGUGAUGGUCUUGAUGUCUGUCUGGCAGCAGAGGAACAGCAAGGGAAAGCUGCCUCCAGGACCCACCCCAUUGCCCUUCAUUGGAAACUACCUGCAGCUGAACACAGAGCAGAUGUACAACUCCAUCAUGAAGAUCAGUGAGCGCUAUGGCCCGGUGUUCACCAUUCACCUGGGGCCCCGGCGGGUCGUGGUGCUGUGCGGAUAUGAUGCUGUCAAGGAGGCUCUGGUGGACCAGGCUGAGGAGUUCAGCGGGCGAGGCGAGCAGGCCACCUUCGCGGCGUGGCGUUCAGCAACGGGGAGCGCGCCAAGCAGCCUGGCGCUUCUCCAUCGCUACCUUGCGGGACUCGGGGUGGGCAAGCGCGGUAUCGAGGAGCGCAUCCAGGAGGAGGCGGGCUUCCUAUCGAGGCCUCCGGGCAAUGCGCAUGCCCAUUGUCUUUGGGGGACCGCUAAUUAUGAGGACAAAGAGUUCCUGUCACUGCUGCGCAUGAUGUCGGGAAGCUUCCAGGUUCACGCUGACCUCCAUGGCAGGUAA